AGAUAAUAAUCUGCAGAUUUAUGUAUAUAAGAACGCCUAGUGAAGUUGAUUGCCAGUCAGGUGUGAAGUGUAGUGAAGGUGUCAAGUUAUUAACAAGAUGAAUCUUUCCUUGAUUUUGGCUGUGAUUUUUGUUAGUUUUGUAACAAGUGAUGUGUUCGCAGCAACAUGUACCCUCAAAUUUAAUAAAGCCUACCCAGGCGUAUUUGUAUCCCCAUACGGACGAUAUGACGUUAUUCUGAGUGCUGGAAAUGGUACUGUCCAAUUCGAUAGCAAUUAUGGAUUAGAUGCCUAUUGCAGUGGUGGUUUCAAAAAUUAUGCGUCAGCAUCUACUCCGAAGCCAGAAAGCCAACUGAAGUUUACGUGCACUGGUAGUACCCUGCGGUACCAAAUUCCCGGGAGCUCCUUCACAUAUUUAGCCAAGAAUGACGGUAGCCUAUUGUGCGACAAUGCGGCCCAAUACUACUCACAAACCGUUCAGUAUUGUAAGAAUACCGGGCUCGCUUAUGGAUUCAAUAUCGCGAAUACCACCUCAGUGAUAUUCGGUGAGGUUUGCACUGACUUUAAGAAGUACCGCACCGAUUUCGUACACUAUGUCGCAGGAGUGAGAAACGAUUUGGUAAAUGAACAGUACCUCCUGAAUCCAGGCAACGUUUCAAAACCUCUUCCUGCAAACAAUGUCUACGCGGUUAACGAUACCACCUUCAUCAAAGAAAAUCAAACUCUACCGACGGCAAUCCGUAGCAAGUCAGGAAACUAUGCACAACUGAUGACGUAUCGAAUGGAUAAUUUGAUCCCAAUUAAAUACCAAGCCGGGGUCAUGGACUCAUACGUUAGGAACUUCCAGAAUGCAGCCGCAAUUCCGUGGUGGAGCAACCUUCUAGAUUUUAAUUGGCAGCAACUGCAGUAUCUUAUCAAUGAUUUAUCAUAUUCAGGAUGGUAUGAUGUUUACGCUGGUACUUCUGAUGAUGUUCAAAUGCCAUACGAAACCAAAAAUGUUACAUUCACCUAUGACGUCAAUCAGCUCAACAGGACUAUUCCUCUAUACGUUUGGAACUUGGUAAAGAAAAAUGACAAAAAGGAUACUGGGGUUGUUGUCAUCGGUGUGAACUCGCCCUUCUUCCCUGGAGAUAAGAGCAAAACUGUUCUUUGCAAGGACACUUGCGAUAAGGUUACUUGGUUGAAUCCCCUAAAAAAUACCAGGAAAAUUGCAAGCAUGGGAUAUAUUUUCUGCUGCGAUCCUAAGGAUGUUAAGAAGAUACUAAAUGGCUUCCCGCAAAUGUGAUAGUUUUGAUGACGUUUAGGUUCAUUAGGAUAAAUUAAUUUACCAUCGUUUAUGCUGGAUAUAGCUUAAGUUCUUUUAAGUCAA